UCAUAUUAGCUUGUGAAAAAUUUUUUUAGUGUCUACUAAGCCAUUGUUUUGCUUUAAGUGAAUAAAACGUUGUUAAUAUUUUGAAGGUAUAUUUUUGAAAAUAGUUAACAUUUAAAUUUUCAAAUGAAAAUAUUUGUUACGAAUUUUUAAACAUUAGCAGAUAUUUUGGUAUGCCUAAAGAGAUAUCAAAUACGUUAGGUAGGUUGUAACUGAAAUGAAUAAUUCAUUAAACAAAACUGAAGUAAAUGGGAUCCGGAACAACAUUCUUGGUGGAAGCUUACUUGUAAUUAAUGUCCUUAUUGUAUUUUUUAACGUCAUGGUAAUAUUUGCAAUAUCGAGGUUUAGACAUAAAAAUGCAGUAGAUAUAUUUGUGUUAUCGUUAGCUAUGUGUGAUCUUUCUAAAGGAAUUAUACCUGUUCCUCUAAGCGUCUACGUUUAUCUUACAGAUAAAUGGCAUUUCGUUGAGGGUUUCAUGUGUGACUUUUAUGGUUAUAUUGCGUUCGCUAUAAAUUCUGGAUCAAUGCUUAUUCUAACUUUAAUGGCUCUUGAAAGAUUUAUUGCAGUUGUUAAACCAUUCGCACAUAAAAAAUGGGUUACAAUUAAUCGAGUUAAAAUUGCAGUGAGUCUCAGUAUACUUUUCACUUGUAUUCAAUCUGCUUUACCACUGGUUGGUGUUGGUAAAAUGCUACCGUUUUACAAAGGCGCUUAUUGCCACUUUGAUUACUCAAAAGAUACUCGAGGCGCUACAAUAUAUUCUUUAUUUAUUAUAGUUUACGGUUUAGGGAUGAUUUUGAUUGUGUUCAUUAGUUACGCAUUUGUGUUUUACAAAAUUCAGAACUUAAUUCGCAGACAUCGGAAAAUGUCACAUAACUACAGUAAGCAAGGAGAAACGAUCAACUUAAAAACAGAAAAAAUGUUCUCAUAUCUCACAGUUAUACUCAUGAUACUUUUUUGGUUUAGUUGGCUGCCAUUUCUGAGCGUUGUCUUGAUCAAUCAAAUAGGAUCAAAGAAAUUACCUGAAAAACUUGAUUUGUUUGCAAUACGUGUUGCUGUUGUUAAUUCCAUUUUAAAUCCAAUUGCGUACGCUUCGAUUUGCAAGCCUUAUAGGCGUGGCAUAGUUUAUACCUUUAAGUUACUAUUUUCAGUGAUUGGUGUAAAGAAUACUGACAGCGAUAUCUGGGAUCCAUGGAAGCGCAGAAGCACAGUUAAUAGGCGUAGGAGAACGCUACUUGAUAAGAAUGAACAAGAAACGGAUAAGAUAAAUGACUCAGAGCUUUCCUUGCAAAAUGCAUCAACAUCCGAAUUUGAGAAUGGACGCUUUCGUCUUCCGUCUACGCUCGAAACCUAUGACGAUUUCCGAAAAAAACGCUUGUCCGUACUUCGUGAAGAUUCGGCGGCAAAUAAUGUGGACGAGUUAUUGAUUACCUGAAACUGAAAUUGCUAGAAACGCCGUUAUAAAUUAAAAACCAAAGAAUUGAAAACACAGGAUAUUUAGCGAAAACAAAACAAAAAACACAAAAAUAAACAAUUAACAGAAGAAAUCUUAAAAUAAACCUUUUUUUUUCAUUGGCAAAAGCUAUCGUCAAUAAAAAUAAGUAACAUUCAUCAAAAAGGAAAAGAUUUUGCAACCAUCUGUUUGCUAUUUACAAAUAGUUUUUUUAUUGUUUGAUUAUCUCGUAAGACGUUCUAAUGAAAACAUUUACUAAAGCCUAUAAGUCGAAAACUGAAAAAUAUGUUUUAACAAGUACAGUUUUAUUGUCGAGUCUAACUGUUAUUUGAUAGUAUAUCAUUUAUAGUUAUUGUAAUAUUUAUUCUUAUGGAAUUGCUAUAUUUAUUUCAACACAUUUAGUUAAUUAUAUUCAAAUGUAAACAACUUUAAGAAAAGAAU